UAGACAAGGCAGAAACACAGAGAACUUGCCCCUCUCCAGUCCCCCAAGCAGCUCAGUCAGGAGGGCAGGCUGGUGCUCUGCAGCAAGGCUCUUACCAGCGGAGGACAAUGACCUUCCAGAUGUUACCACCAAAGUGAGAAGCUGACCCGUGAUGCUUUCAGUUUCCUUGCCUUUGCCUGUACCAAACCAGAAUCGGGAUGUCAGGAGUUUCAGAGGAGGAUCUAGAGGGUCUGAGCCCCCAGGAUCUGCCAGCGUUGGGCGGAGCCUGCUUAGCCACCAUGGACAAAAAGCUUAAUGCGCUGACUGAGAAGGUCGACAGACUCUUGCAUUUUCAGGAAGACGUCACAGAGAAGCUGCAGUGUGUGUGCCAAGGCAUGGACCACCUGGAACAAGGCCUGCAUUGGCUGGAGGCCUCCCGGGAGUUGGGUCUGGCAGGGCCUGGCAGCACUCCCCCUACCACUGCUCAGGCCGCGUGGCCUGAGGUCCUGGAGCUGAUGAGGGCUGUGCGGCAGGAGGGUGCCCAGCAUGGCGCCAGGCUAGAAGCCCUCUUCAAGAUGGUGGUGGCUGUGGACAGGGCCAUUACUUUGGUAGGGUCCACAUUCCAGAAUUCCAAGGUGGAUGAUUUCAUCGCGCAAGGAACCGUGCCCGGGAGGAAAGGCAGUCUAGCUGAUGGCCCUGAGGAGAACAAGGAGCAAGCAGAUGUUACCGGAGUGAAGCCAAACCAUGUACUGAAUACAGGAAGUGUGCAAGCUGACCUCUCUGGGACACUUUGGGAAGAGGGCCAGAAGGAAGACAUACCUGUGGGAACAGUGGAGGGGCCGCCUCUCAUCAAUACAUCACUGAAGGGGGCUGACCUCACCCAGGCAGGAGCCUCACUAAGGCAGGGAGUUGAAGUUCUUGGCCCAGGCCAAGUACCCCCAUCCACAGAGGCAGAAUCCAGGCUUCCUGAAAUAGCCAGUGAGAACACUGGAACCACCCUGGAGUUGUCUGUAGCAAUCAACAGAAUCAGCGAGGUCCUCACUAGCCUCAAGAUGUCACAAAGUGCCGGUCAAGGAACCUCCUCCAGCAAGCCUGACUGUUGGCUUCCAGAAGAGGCCAUGAGACUGAGUUCAGGGCCUCGCCCUCAGCCCCUAGACCCACUAACUCCAGACAGUGACAUUCACAGUGUUGGAGCACUUCCCAGGAUCCCUAUCCAUACGCAAGAGUUGGCUACUCCCGGGGAGUUGCUUGAGACCCAAAGUGGUAGUCCCAUUGGCUCUGCAGAAGCUCCAGGCCCUGGAACUGUGUUAGAAGACCAGAUCCCUAAAGGAGCCAGACCAUUUCCAUCUCUGCCAAAGAGGGUCAGCAACAAUGGUGGCAUGAGUGCAGAGGAGACAGGGCCUGGGGCUGAGCCUAUCAGAGGACCAAGCUUGGCCACAAGGGACUGGAGAGAUGAGACUGUUGGGACCACAGACCUGCAGCAAGGCAGAGACCCAGGAGCAGUGAGCCCCGAGCCUGGGAAGGAGCAUGUGGCCCAGGGCCCACAGAGAACUGAAGCUGGAAGAAGGGUGUCUUGUGCUGCAGAGGCUGCCAUUGUGGUUUUAGAUGAUAGUGCAGCACCCCCAGCCCCUUUUGAACACCGAGUAGUGAGCAUCAAAGAUACCCUGAUCUCAGCAGGCUACACGGUGUCCCAACAUGAAGUCUUAGGAGGGGGCCGGUUUGGCCAGGUGCACAGGUGUACAGAGAGGUCUACAGGCCUUGCCCUGGCAGCCAAGAUCAUCAAAGUGAAGAGCAUAAAGGACCGGGAGGAUGUGAAGAAUGAGGUCAACAUCAUGAAUCAGCUCAGCCACGUAAACUUGAUCCAACUUUAUGAUGCUUUUGAGAGCAAGAACAGCUUUACCCUGAUCAUGGAGUAUGUGGAUGGAGGCGAACUCUUUGACCGGAUCACGGAUGAAAAAUACCACCUCACUGAGCUGGAUGUGGUCUUGUUCACGAGGCAGAUCUGUGAGGGUGUGCAUUACCUGCACCAGCACUAUAUCCUGCACCUGGACCUCAAGCCAGAGAACAUACUGUGUGUCAGCCAGACGGGGCACCAAAUUAAGAUCAUUGACUUUGGGCUGGCUAGAAGAUACAAGCCUCGGGAGAAGCUAAAGGUGAACUUCGGUACUCCAGAGUUCCUGGCCCCAGAAGUUGUUAAUUAUGAGUUUGUGUCGUUCCCAACAGACAUGUGGAGUGUGGGAGUUAUUACUUACAUGCUACUCAGUGGUUUGUCCCCAUUUCUAGGGGAAACAGACGCAGAGACCAUGAAUUUUAUUGUGAACUGCAGCUGGGAUUUCGAUGCUGAUACCUUCAAAGGGCUGUCAGAGGAAGCCAAGGACUUCGUUUCCCGGUUACUGGUCAAAGAGAAGAGCUGUAGGAUGAGUGCCACACAGUGCCUGAAACACGAGUGGUUAAGUCACCUGCCUGCGAAAGCCUCCAGCUCCAAUGUUCGCCUCAGAUCCCAACUACUGCUGCAGAAAUAUAUGGCCCAGAGUAAAUGGAAGAAACAUUUCCACGUGGUGACUGCAGUCAACAGGCUAAGGAAAUUUCCAACGUGUCCCUAACCUUCAAGUCUGCCGUUCCACUGGGCCUGGGAAUUCUUGAGGCAACAUGAAGUGGUAAUAUGAAGAGAUUACUCAAGAUUUUAUGUA